ACCGUGGGUCGUUAAUACAUGUACCUAUGUUCUAUUUUGAACUUGAAACGUACGUAUGAACUAAGAUGUGGGUAGCUUUGAACAAGUGUGGAUUUAUACCUCGUGCCUAGUAGCUGCUCAAUCACAUGGACAUUUGCCGGAUUGUAUCUACCUAUUUGCUGCUUGUAUUGAUCAAAAUAUAGCCAAGUAUGAACAGUACCGGUGUUCAGUGCGAAUGGUAAAAUCUGUUGUCUGCUUCGUGUACUUUUGUUAUGUAAUUUUAUACUCUUUCUAAACCCAUAGGUUGGAGGUGAUUAACCUAUAACUCUCGCAUUCUUAUACACGAGAAUAUUUGUACCAGCGUGAGUCUUUGUUUGAGGAUGAAGAUCUACUUCUGCGGGAGUAUCACCUCUGGUCGCCAGGACGUGGACAUAUAUGCGAGACUUAUUGAAGAACUGAGGAAAUAUGGCCGCAUCCUCACGGAACAUGUUGGAAUUAAGGACGCGGCGAAAAUGCCGACGUGGUCAAACAAAGAGGUGUUGCAGAAAUCGCUACAAUGGCUACGAGAGUGUGAUGUGUUGGUUGCCGAGGUUACACAGCCUUCCCUGGGUGUCGGGUACGAGAUAGGGCGAGCGGCAGAGUUAGGCAAGACCAUACUGUGUUUGUACAGGCCCUCGCCGGAUAGAAAGUUAACGGACAUGCUGACAGGUGGCCAUGAUGGAAAGAAAUUCACCGUAAAAUAUUACGAGGAAAAGGAUAUUUCUACUUUCUUCAAGGAUUUCUUUUCUCAGAGUUUAGUCAAAGAAAAUAAUGACGCUAGUUAAUAAAUUGAAACGAUGAGUAGAUAAUUUCUUUUCUUCAAGAAAAGUUUAAGAAAAUAAGGACGCUAGUUAAAAUAUAUAGUGGAAACGAUGUUUUAUAGAAGAAGAGGAUGCGUUUACAGCACAAUUCUGACGUUGGUGUUUGAAUCAGCAACCGUUCAUGCUGUUUCCAAGUCUUCUGUGAUUUCUCAUUUAUUCUGAUAAUUAAUUGAAAGACUUUGGUAAUUUGUGAGUAUUUAAUGAAUGACAACUGUAUAUUGACUAUUAUUCUGUUCCGGAGUUUCUUGUGGAUGCAAUUGAACUGACGUUCCAGUUUCGUGUAGAGACAGUCUGUACUUGUUCACGCAUGAUUUAUCCCAUCUAACAGUUAUACAGUGAUAUAUUAUGCAUAUCACAGAUGAAACAUAUCUUUAUAAUUAUAUAAAUUUCUAAGUUCGUGUUAUGUAGAUAUAAUACGAUCCGUUUAUAUUCCGUAUUUUCAUUUGCGUUUUUAUGAUUGAUAAUGAAAACGAAAAA